ACGCAACGUUGCCAACAACAAACGCAGAAGAGACUGGCAUAACUUUGGUACACCGGCAGUUGUCACGCAUUUACGCAGUGGGAUCGGUUUUUAAUUUGCAAUCAUGAUUCCCGAAGAAAGCUUUGCUUCCAUCGAGAACAAGAUGCAGUCUGUAGGUCUGGCUCUGGAGGAGUUGCUGGUAACUGCUCAGAAACAAGGCUGUCUCACUGUUGGCAUUUAUGAAUCAGCCAAGCUUCUUAAUGUAGAUCCAGACAGCGUGGUGCUAUGCGUGCUGGCAGCCGACGAUGAAAACGAUGUGGCGCUGCAGAUCCACUUCACGUUGCUACAGUCCUUCUGCUGCGACAGCGGCAUCACCAUCUUGCGAGUCUCUGGGUUUCAGCGACUCCAGCGGCUGCUGGGAGCUGUGGAUGCCAACAGGAACCAGGAAGAGCACAGAGACCUUCACUGCAUGCUGGUUACGAAUCCUCAGGCAGAGCACUGCAGACUGCAGGAAGUGGGGACCUACUGCCAGGAGAGUCGGCGCCUUGACCAGUGGGUGCCUGAACUAGUCCUGCAGGAACGCUGAAGGGUCUGCAUACAGGAACUUUUGUGGCCAGAUACUGAUACACUGAAGGAUCUGUAUGCUCAAGCAGGGAUGACCUGGAGUGUAGCCGCUCCAGUCCACUAUCCUUAAUGACCAGCAAAACCAUGGACUCCCACUCAAAGACUAGUGAAACAGCUGGACUGGACACUGGUUUCUAGAAUCUGUACUUGUGCAAAAGAUACAGAGAGAAAAGUCACAAUGUUUUUACAAUGCCAUCAAAACACAAUCUGUUUUGUGUUGCUCUCUGGGUGCUCACAAUGUCUAUGGGGUGUGACAUAGUAAACAUUAAGAGGAGUAGUAGUUUUGAAAGGAACACAUCCACACCCAUCUUAUAUCUGGAAGUCUUGUUUGUUUGACUGACAGGAAUGUUGCAGUGCUGAAACUGUACCAGACAUUCCUGGGAGAGUCCCAGAAAAGGAGAGGAGAGGUGUGUGUUUGUAUGUGUGGUAUGUCUAUGUGUGGUAUGCAUUUACAAUACUUGUUUUUUACUGUAGAAAAGACUGGGUGUGCAGUAUGUACAUUCUUAAAACGAACAGCUGAAAGCUGCUGGGGAAUUGUCACCAUGGAAACUGAAAUGGAAAUAAUGUUAAAGACACACAGGACCUAUGGACACCGGAAGAAACAAAAGAAAAAACAAUGUAAAGAGACUCUGAGGAUGAUAUAUUUUAGUCAGGAUCCGAAAUUCCCAAUGAUGCAGAACGCCUGUGCUGUCUGAUCCGGACAGGUCAGCUUUAAAUGUAUUGUAAAAAUAUCAACUUCUUUGUGCCUUCAAGAGUGCUGCCUUUCUGAUAAAUAACUAAUGUAAAGUGGCUACACUGUUAAUUUAUUGAUUGUAUUGUUUUUUGUAGUUAUUUGUAAUCUAUUUUGUGCUCUGUUAUCUAAGUAAAUAAAUUAUUUUAUUCAUAAA